AUAACACAGAUGAAAAUGCACUUGAACCUGAUAACUUAACAACUACUGAUUCCAGUCAAGAUAAUACAACAACCACUGAUUCUACUUUCAGUCAAGAUAACACAGCUCUUGUAAAAAAGAUACCAAAAAAAAAAAAAUCAGCCUCCAUGCAAGCAUAUAGUACAAAUAUUAAAAUUAUCAAUCACUACUAUCAGGCUAUAAAUCUCAACAACAAUGAGCAAAGUGCUAUAGUUCCAAAGAAUAAUGUUUCAUCAUUAUUAAAAAAUUGUCUUCGUUCCUCCAUUCAAAAAUCUAAUAAUAUCAAAAACAUAUCUGAACACAGUACACAAGAUUCUG